AUGGGUCUGCUUCCACUAGACAGGAGGUUCAGGAGGAUGAAUCUGUUCGACGUGGGAAGAUGCGUGUUUGAAGGAAUUGAGUACAUUGAAGAGAUUCUUGAGUCCAACAUCAACAUCACAAGGGAGUGUGAGAAGGACCUUUAUGUACCGCUGUUACUCCCAAGGCUAAGAACGGAUGGAUUUACCGAGGAAGACCAUAGAAACAGUGUGUCGAUUGUCUGCCUAACAUCUCAGAGCCCAAGCUCGCUCCAUAGAUUCCUGUCGCGCUUCUUCAGGAGCUUUGUGCUCAGCAGAGUAGACGGUGGAAUCAGGAUAGAGUUUCCCUCAAGGUCGGAUGCCACCGAAUGUCUGUAUCUGAGCAGCAGAGACUUCACCUUCUUCCGUCCGGCAGGCUAUAUAGAGCUUCCCGGGGCUUUGGAGACAAUAGGCGGGGGAAGCAAGUACUGUAGAGAUGUUCCAUGCACUGAGCACAAGAUCUUGCUUGGGCCCUUGAAUCUCGACCCGUCCACUCUUAGGGAUGCCAUAGACGAAAUAUCGCCUCUGCAGAGCUUCAGAAGGUGUGCCAAUCCCUUGUACUUUGCUUUCACAUUCAGAAACCCAGAGUUCUGCGGUCCUUUCGUAGGGGCCACAAGCCACAUCUUCAUCUCAGACACAGGCCUGCCCUUGGUCUCAACAAGAGCUUAUGAAGGAUGCUCGAUCUUGAAUCUUGGGAGGAAUAUCCCCCGUCUUGUGCCGAGAAGGAUGGCAGGACCCAUCGCACUCAGCAGGGAAAGGACCAGAAUAGUGGUGCUCCUGAAUCUGAUGGGGCCCUGGGACACAGAUGCUUCGAGGAUUGUGGAGGCGGUCAGGACGAGGUGCUUGGGGCAUUCGGGAGUAACAAGCGUAAUGGUUCCUAGAGAUGACGCCAACGCAGUCAGACAGCCGGGGAGCUCCCGGGUCUUUAUAGAGUGUGUGGAUCUGGAAACAUCGGAGAGAGUCUACAGCGAGUUUGGAGGGCUCGUUUAUGAAGGCCGGAUUGUUGCUGCCGGGUACUAUCCCGAGGUAAACUAUCUUGCUGGAGAAUAUGAAUGA